AAACACAAUCCUCUGUUUCUAUUCUUGAAUUCUUACCCCUGUCUAAAAAUGGCAAUGACUCUUGCACCUGGUGGGACGCAGGCAACGAGGAACGAGCGCCGCAUGUUCUCGUCCUCUGAUGACCAAGUAAUGCUGAAGCAGAUUCUGUCAAGUCAUGCACCUGAUGGCAGGGAAAUUGCUGCGAGGCCUAUUCUUCACAUUGUCGAAGACAUCUUCCGCAGAGCCAGCCGUGCCACCCCUGCCAUUGUUCAGGGAACGCAAGCGCAACCCGAUGCCUUGGAUGAAAAGGCUCUGCAGUCUGGCACCCUUGAAGAGGUUCUUGACCUUAUUUCCCUCACCUUAAGCCGAAUUUCAUGCGAGAUUGCUUGUAAGUGCUCGGGCUCUGGCGAUGCACAUGCAACAACUGUGUCGGUAUGCAACAUGAUCACGAGCUACUCAUGGGAUGCAAAGGUUGUGCUAGUCUUGGCAGCGUUUGCAGUGAACUAUGGUGAAUUCUGGCUUGUAGCGCAGCUUUACACCACCAACCCACUAGCCAAGGGGGUGGCAAUCCUUAAGCAGCUGCCUGAAGUUCUUGAAAGUGCUGAAGCUUGGAAACCCAAGUUUGAGGCGCUCACCAAGCUCCUGAACGCCUUGCUUGAUGUGGCCAAGUGCAUUGUUGAUUUCAAGGAGCUUCCGGUUCAGUACAUUAGCCCUGAUGCACCGGAGAUGGUAGCUGCCACCGCUCAUAUCCCCACCGCUGUUUACUGGACGAUUCGGGGCAUCAUUGCUUGUGCUUCAGUAAUCACGAGCCUAACUGGAAUGGGGCAUGAGCACAUAGUUUCGACAUCAGAGGCCUGGGAGCUAUCUAGCUUGGCGCAUAAGAUCAGCAACAUACAUAGCCAUCUUAUGAACCAACUCCGACUUUGUCAUCAACAAAUUGAGGGAAAAAUACACGAGGAAGCAUUUCAAGCAAUUGUCCGCAUCUUUGGGACACCACAUAUUGACAACAUGAAGAUCCUUAACGUUUUAUUUUUCAUUCCGGAUGGCCAACCACCACUGUUUGAGGGAACAACCAAGAAAAGGGUUGGUGUUGAGCCCUUGAGGAGGAAGAUCGUGAUGCUGCUGAUCUCGGACCUUGAUGUCCUCCAAGAAGAGUUGUCAAUUCUGGACCAGAUGUAUCAGGAGGCACGGCAGCAUCCUAACAGGCCAGAGAGUCAGUAUGAGGUGGUGUGGAUCCCGGUAGUUGACCGGAAAGCACCUUGGGACGAGAAGAAGCAGAAGCAAUUUGAGAACUUUCAAGGGUUGAUGCCAUGGGUCUCGGUACACCACCCUUCAGUAAUUGAUGCAGCUGUGAUCCGAUACAUCAAGGAAGUCUGGGGGUUCAACAAGCGACCAAUGCUGGUGGUGCUCGACCCUCAAGGCAAGGUUGUGAACACUAACGCAAUUUACAUGAUAUGGAUCUGGGGGAGUGUGGCACACCCUUUUACUAGCACAAGGGAACAAGCACUUUGGGAGGGAGCGAACUGGAAUAUUGAGUUGCUAGCAGAUAACAUUGAACCAUCUAUCUUCAAUUGGAUUACAGAAGGAAAAUACAUCUGCUUGUAUGGUGGAGAGGACAUUGAAUGGAUCCGGCAGCUUGUCGCAUUGGCCCAAGCGGUUGCGCAGGCAGCCAACAUCAAGCUGGAGAUGCUGUACGUGGGGAAGGGCAACCCCAGGGAGAAGGUCCGAAAAAACAACACCACCAUUGCGACCGAGAAGCUCAGCCAUAUCUUUACCGACGUGCGCCUCAUAUGGUUCUUCUGGGUCCGGCUGGAAAGCAUGUGGCACUCGAAAAUGCAGCGCGGCAUGACGGUGGAAAACGACCCAAUAAUGCAAGAGAUCAUGACAAUGCUCAGCUUCGAUGGCAGCGAUCAGGGUUGGGCGGUGAUAUGCCACGGCUCAGCAGAAAUGACCAGGGCCAAGGGCGAUACCCUGGUGAAGAGCUUAAAUGAGUUUAAUCAGUGGAAGGAGGCGGUGAACCAGAAGGGUUUCGUUCGGGCACUGAGCGAUUACCUCCAUGGACUCCACACCCCGCACCACUGCAACCGUCUUAUUUUACCAGGGACCAGCGGAAGCAUCCCUGAGAGGGUGGUUUGCGCAGAAUGCGGUCGUGUUAUGGAGAAGUUCUUCAUGUACCGUUGCUGUACUGAUUAAGCUACAAAUUUGCGAAUUUCUAAGCAGUUAUGGUUCCAAUAGCCUGACAAGCUAUCACUAUCAUGCAUCUUUCAUUUUUGUGUGUUUCAGAAUUUAAAUUUCUAAUAAAGUUUGCACUGUUUA